UCCAUUUCAAAUCAAAACACCUCCAUUUCGAAUCCUUUUUUGCCCCUUCUCUCUCUCUCUCUCUCCCUCUCUCUCACACUCGGCGAUCUCUGACGGCCAAAUCUUGCAGCGAAACUCAGCUUCGCUUUCCUUUGGUUCUUGCAUCGAUCCCAUCUGAGCCCUCUUCAGGUCAAAUUGGUUGCAUGGCUCGUCUAUCUAGCGAUCAGCUGUUACAAUUGGAAACAGCAUGUGGAUCUAUUCUAUAUGAGCUUCAGAUUAUAUGGGAUGAGGUUGGUGAAUCUGAUGCUGAAAGGGAUAAAAUGCUCCUCGAACUAGAACAAGAGUGCCUGGAUGUGUAUAGAAGAAAGGUCGACCAGGCCAACCGUUGUAGAGCUCAGCUGCGACAGGCAAUUGCUGACUCUGAAGCGGAGCUUGCAGCCAUCUGUUCCGCAUUGGGUGAGCCACCAGUACACAUUAGACAGUCCAAUCACAGAACGGGAAGCUUAAAAGAGGAGCUCAAGUCCAUUGGCCCACAGCUAGAGGAGAUGCGAAAGAGAAAAGUUGAGAGAUGGAAUCAAUUUUUAGAAGUAAUAGAACAGAUAAGAAAGAUCUCAUUUGAGAUCACGUCUUCUGAAGGCAACCAAUCGAAGUUGGCCGUGGAUGAAUCUGAUUUAUCUGCAAGAAGGCUUGAAGACUUGUACAGACAACUAGAGUCACUUCAGAAGGAGAAGAGUGAUCGCUUGAAGCAAGUGAUGGAACACUUGUCUACCCUGAAUGCAUUAUGUUCUGUGCUUGGAGUUGAUUUUAAAGAAACAGUAAGAGAAAUACACCCUAGUUUGGAUGAAUCUGAAGUACCAAAGAGCGUAAGCAAUGCUACAAUCGAAAGGCUAUCCAUUGCCAUAGGGAGAUUGCGAGAGAUUAAAGUAGAAAGGAUGCAGAAGCUUCAAGAUCUUGCCUCUACAAUGUUGGAACUGUGGAAUCUUAUGGAUACACCAAUUGAAGAGCAACGACUGUUUCAGAAUGUGACCAGUAAUAUAGCUGCUUCAGAAUCAGAAAUUACCGAGGCCAACACUCUUUCACCGGACUUCCUCAAUUUUGUGGAGGCAGAAGUUUUGAGACUUGAACAGCUAAAAGUAAGCAAGAUGAAAGAGCUAGUCUUGAAGAAGAAAACGGAACUGGAAGAGCUUCGUCGACGAGCACAUCUGGUUGCAGAGGCAGAAAAUGAUGCAGAACUUGCAAUCAGUGCUAUCGAAUCUGGAGCCAUUGAUGCCUCUUUAAUUCUGGAACAGAUAGAGGACCAAAUCUCAACAGUUAAAGAGGAAGCAUUCAGCAGGAAAGAUAUUCUCGAAAGGGUAGAGAAAUGGUUACCCGCAUGCGAGGAGGAGGCCUGGCUGGAGGAAUACAAUAGGGAUGAGAACCGCUACAAUGCUGGAAGAGGCGCACACUUAGCACUCAAGCGUGCUGAGAAAGCUCGUGCUUUGGUCAACAAGAUUCCAGCAAUGAUAGAGACUCUGGCAGCCAAAAUCACACAAUGGGAGAAAGAAAGAGGCGUUGAAUUCACAUACGACGGCGUGCGUCUUCUGUCAAUGCUGGAAGAAUACACCAUAGUCCGGCAAGAGAAAGAGCAAGAGCGCAAGCGACAGAGGGACCAGAAGAAACUCCAAGGUCAGCUCAUAGCCGAACAGGAAGCUCUCUACGGUUCAAAACCCAGCCCUUUAAAGCCUCAAAGUGCAAAGAAACUUCAUAGAACAUCAAAUGGGGGUCCAAGCCGAAGGCUGUCUCUUGGUGGAGCAGCAAUGCAGCCUCCUCCCAAGCCUGACUAUUUGCAUUCCGCAAAGUCUGGACGCUCGACGAAGAAGAUAGAUGAUCUGGGCACCCUUUCCCCUGGUGCAAGGGGCCUAGAUAUUGCUGGCCUUCCUAUGAAGAAGCUAUCCUUCACCGCGCAUCAAGAAAUGGGUGCGCCACGAAAACCCUUUGCUCCCCUGGCUCCGGUCAACCACAUUCCAUCGACACCGUCGAGGCCCAUUACCUUUGCUUUUGAAGAUAACAUGACGUCAAAGGGAUUGACGUCGACGCCCAGAACUCCAGCUGCAGCGCCAUUGGCAACACCAUCGAAGCCCAUUUCCAGUGCUAUCGAAGAGAACGCUAAGCCCAUUAUUACCAUGACGUCAAACGCAAUGCCGGCCCCAACACCCAAAACUCAAGCUCCAGCGCCAAUGCCAACACCGUCGAAGCCCAUUACCGGUGCUGUCGAAGAGAACAAGACAUUGACCGCAAUGCCAGCCCCAACCCCCAAAACUCCUGCUGCAACGCCAAUGCCUAUGCAGGUGGCCACAACGCCUGCUCCGACUUGCCUCAGGGUAGCACCGGUAGAGGAGUUAGAGUAUUCAUUUGAGGAAAGGAGGCUUGCUUUCUAUCUCACUAGAUAAAUGAGCUACGUAAUCAUUAUAUGAACGCUGGUGCCCAACGCUUUGCGGGACACAUCUUUGUUCUAGUCUGUAGUUGAUUCAAAGUCGAUUCUUCUCGACUUUUGUCAAUGUUUACCAAGAAUUCUCUUUCAUAUUCA